UUUUCCCUCGAUAAUAUUUACAUUAAAAAUUAAAAGCUAUGGGGGUAGCAGAAUGUAGAUGUUGCAUACGAUGCCAAAAACACUAAAAAGUGUUCGUUUUAAGCUUGUUGACGUUCGCCCUCAUUGACGGCAUCGUGAAGCGCGGUCGCAUAGUAAUGACGUCACAUAACCAGGAAGUACACGACGGAGACUGGAAAACGUUUAGAGAACGCGAGUUGAGUUACUUUAGCAUUCAGUCACAAUAAUUAUUUAGGUAUGUUUAACUGAAUUGUAGCUGAACAUACGAAUGAUUUUUAUAAUAACUCGAGUUUCAGUCUUUCUUACAUAACGUUUCCUUACGCUAGAAUAUAUUUAGAUAUAGUAUAACAUUUGAAAUAUGCGCUACCCAAGUUAAAGGCUCAGCGUGUUCUUGUAGCCUGUCAGCUCUUAGAAAUUAAACUAAAGCUUUGGAAUCUAAUUACGCGAAAACUGAACACAACCCUCGGUUUUGUGCUGCCGUAAUAGGACGGGAGUCAUGUCUCUGAACAAGUCCAUGCAUCCCAGAAACCGCUACAAAGACAAACCACCAGACUUUGCAUACCUGGCCUCGAAAUAUCCAGAAUUCCAACAGCAUGUCAACACCAGUCUGAGUGGACGAGCCGUAGUGAAUUUCAAGGAGCCGGAGGCUGUGAGAGCUUUGACAUGCACCCUACUGAAGGAGGACUUUGGUUUGACCAUUGAGAUCCCUCUGGAGCGCCUCAUACCCACCGUGCCUCUUCGCCUCAACUACAUCCACUGGGUGGAGGAUCUCAUCGAUGGCCAGAAGCAACCACGGAGAGGCAUUGACAUCGGCACUGGUGCAUCUUGUAUCUACCCCUUGCUGGGAGCCACAAUGAACGGCUGGUACUUCCUUGCCACCGAGGUGGACGAUAUCUGCUUUGACUACGCUACCAGGAACGUGGAGCAGAACCGUUUGUCUGACCUUGUUAAAGUGGUCAAAGUUCCCCAGAAGACACUGCUGAUGGACGCCUUGAAAGAAGAGACAGAGAUUGUGUACGACUUCUGCAUGUGCAACCCUCCUUUUUUUGCCAACCAGCUUGAGGCCAAGGGGGUCAAUUCAAGGAAUGCACGGCGGCCUCCUCCCAGCUCCGUGAACACAGGCGGGGUGACGGAAAUCAUGGCGGAGGGUGGUGAACUGGAGUUUGUUAAGAGGAUCAUUCAUGACAGUCUGCAGCUCAAGAAACGCUUGCGGUGGUACAGUUGCAUGCUUGGGAAAAAAUGUAGCCUGGCACCGCUGAAAGAAGAGCUGAGGAAGCAAGGGGUACCCAAAGUGACGCACACAGAGUUCUGCCAGGGACGCACCAUGCGGUGGGCGCUGGCCUGGAGCUUCUAUGAUGAUGUCAUUGUUCCAUCGCCUCCCAGUAAGAAGCGCAAACUGGAGAAAGCGCGGAAGCCUCUGUCGUUCACACUCCCACAGGUGGCUCUCAAAGAACUCCAGAUAAGAGCCCGUGCUCUGGGUUGCACUGGAUGCCAUCCUGCGGACGCCAUCACAACCCUGCUUGAGAAGACGCUGACUGAGCUUCGGGUGCUACACAAACGUGUUCCGUGCCGAGAGCAGGAGCAGAGCCUCCUCCUGACUGCUGUGGAAAACACUUGGAUCCACGGACGGCAGAAGCGACGCGAGCAAACUCGCCAAUUGCGAGAGCUGCCCAGAGCACCUCAAGGUGCCGUGGUAGCAGCUGCUACAUCCACACCGCCACUUAGCCAAAACAAGCGGGAGGAUCCCUCACAGCAGUCAGCUGACCAGCGGCCACCUGCAGAGCAUAUUGGCAAUGGAUCCCCUCCAGCUGAAAGUGUUUUGGUAGAAUCACACGCCGCAGGUGGAGCAGAAAAGGAGAUCUUGGAAAAGAUUGCAGCUGAACGUAUAGAAACAGAGCCUGGGGCCUGUCCUGCAAAAACUUGUUGGCCAAAGGACAGCCCUGCAGCAGCAAGUGAGCCCCCAUUAAAACCAUCAGGCAGUCUGGGGUCAGUGGAACACUUCCUGUUUAAGUGUCUGCUCAAUGUGUUGCAUGAAGACAGCAAUGCAGUGAUCGAGUUGCACUGGGUGGAGGGUCACAAUAAAGACCUGAUGAACCAGCUGUGCACGUUUCUAAGGAACACGCUUUUAAAGUCUGUUGCAAAUUCCUGAUCCGUCAUGGUGAUUUUAUACUGCAUGUGGAAACUAUUCUAUUUGUUACCAUACUGUGACCACACAUUUGUUCAACUUUGUUGCAAUCACUAUUUUCUUUUGUAUGUUUUAAAAUGCCAAAACGUUUGGAAUAAAUGUGUUUAUGAAA